AACAAAACUCCAUUCCCAUCCAAAUCUCAUUGUCAUCUUUCUCUCUCUAAAUCCUCCCCAAAUUUCCACACUUUCUCUCUCCUAAAAAAUGGCACCAAAAGCUGAGAAGAAGCCGGCAGAGAAGAAGCCAGCCGAAGAGAAGAAAGCCGCCGCUGCAGAGAAAGCUCCAGCCGAGAAGAAGCCGAAAGCCGGCAAAAAGCUUCCAAAAGAAGCCGGAGCCGCAGCCGCCGGUGAAAAGAAGAAGAAGAGAACGAAGAAAAGCGUCGAAACUUACAAGAUCUAUAUCUUCAAAGUUCUCAAACAAGUUCAUCCUGAUAUCGGUAUUUCCAGCAAAGCUAUGAGUAUUAUGAACAGUUUCAUUAACGACAUUUUUGAGAAGCUUGCUCAAGAAUCUGCGAGGUUAGCGCGUUACAAUAAGAAGCCGACGAUUACUUCUCGGGAGAUUCAAACUGCUGUGAGACUUGUUCUUCCUGGUGAAUUGGCGAAACAUGCUGUUUCUGAAGGAACUAAGGCUGUUACUAAGUUUACUAGCUCUUAGAUGUUUUUGAUGAUGUUUAUGAUGAUGAUGAUGUAUUUUGUGGUUUGCUAGGGUUGAGGUGGAUGUGAAAUUUGUGGAGGAUGUUAUGAAAUUAGGGUUAGGGUUUAGAAUUCUUAAAAAUCUGGUUAUGUUUUUAGAUCUGUAGGUUUUUAUGUUUUUUUAGAUCUGUGUUGUUUUGAUGCGGAUAUGAAAUACAAUGUUACUAUUAUAUAUUA